AUGCAGAGAAUACUCUAUAGGUUGACUGGUGGCAUAGAGAUUGCAUAUGUGAUCCGACGAGUCGAACGCAACCAACGCUCGACGUCGAAAGGGGAGUGUCCCUGGUCAAUUCGCCAGACAGGAGUUUACCAAAAAUUGACAUAUCCGCAUGAUGGCUCGCCAAGCUCUUCGGUGUUUAUUUUGAUUGCGCCCUCCCAUACAGUUGAGAAUGAGGUCUCUCUAUGCCUUUCAGGAAGCGAAUUCGAGGGGGAGGUCAUGACGCCGCACUUCUCUGUUCACGAGAGACUCAUCUCUGAUAGCCUGGGAAGCUGGAUGGAUUACAUGGCUUGGUUAGAGUCCGAAUGCAAGCAAAAGGCCGACCGACUGAUUGUCUGGGAUGUCGAAGACCGAGAUAAGCAUAUGACAUACUUCAAGGUGGAAGAUAGACAACGUCUUAAGCAACUGCGAGACUAUAUAACGGAUUUAAUUGUCGUCCUUCAGACUGCUGUGAACACUAUCGGUCGCAUUGGGAAGAGCUGCCAAAGACACUGUAAAAUGAGCUGCGCUGCCAGAGAUGAUUGUUUCUGUAAUUCCAUGAUCGGAGAGUUUGUUGAAUAUGAGACAGAAGCUCGCGUUUACCUGGAACGGGCAAAGGUGUUACAAGAGCGGGUUCAGUCGACAGAGCAACUGGUCGUGGACGGGCAGUUAACCGAUCUACUGAGCUUUGAGGAGACUCGAGCCUUGAAACAAUUGGCACGAGCAUCACAUGUGGAGACAAAAGCUUUGAAAGAACUGGCCCAGACUUCUCAGGAAGAAAGCCACCACCUUGCCGAGCUUGCAUCUUGUUGGUCUGGUUUACCUCCCCACCACCAUUGUAGCGGUGCGUUCCAUUGGCUGACCUUGAAAUGGGGAAAAAGGAGAUGGGAUUGCUGA